AUGUAUCAUUUGGUCGAUAUCGAACAUUCUGGGCGUCAAGAGACCUUCGACGUCCCCGACAAGGUAGGACAGUGGUUCCUACUUGCAAUCGACUCGAUGUUCAACAAUGCUGUGCCCUUUGACUGGCAUCAAACAAGUGAUGUCCGUGCGCAGACUGGAUCAUCCAUAGAGGGGAAAUUGGAACCCGAGCUUCUAAUCCAAGAGUUUCGACUUAGAGACAGUGGCGCGUUGUGCUCCGACGAGACCGACUUUGGCGUGUACCAGAUCGAGGUCGCAACAGUUUGGAUGAAGACAGACCGCAAGGGAACGGAAUCUGCCAUGACGACUUCGAGCCAGUAG